AUGACGACGAAGCCGGCUGCUCACGUCACGUCGCCCCCCUGCCUCGCGCUUCACAAUAGCCCCGCCUCAUCCUCCAUUCGCCCCGCCCCCUGGCCUGAAAGCUCCGCCCCAUCCCUUGUUCCGCCUGGGGGAGGCUCCCCUCCCCCUCCCAUUUUCUAUCUAAGCGGAGAGGUUUGGAGGAACCCCCUCCCCUACAGCCAGAGGGAGCACCUGCUGCCCUGCCCCCUUUGUGGGGGAGGGGCUGGCAAGGGGGGGGCACACCCGGGGAGUCGAGAGCAGACAGCUGUGACACCCUCGCCACAUCCCACCCCUCCCUGCAGCCACGCUCUGUGUCUGCCUGGGCUGUGCGCCCGCUUAUCCCCAAGGCUGCCAUCCACUGGACCUCCUCACCCCCCCUUCACUGCAGCUCCAGGGCCUAUGCACUCUGCCCCCAGGCCUAGCCUUUCACCCCCACACCUGGCUACUGCACCCCCAGGCUCCCCCCUGGUGCCUCCUUCCUCCCCACUCUGCCUCACUGCACCCCCUGCCCCCCGCCCCCCAAGGCCCACUCUAUCCCCAAGCAAAGGGAUGGUGGUUAGGAGGGACGUGGCAGACGGGUCUCACAGGAGAGGGGCGUGGAGGAGAGAAGGGAUGCAGGGCAGGGGAAGCCUCAUGGGGAAGGGGAAUUUUGGUAAGGGAGAGGUGGCGUGGAGGAGAGGAGGGACUCACCAGGAAGUGGUGGACAGUGGGGACCUUGGGGAAGGGCAGAGCAGGGACAGGAAGAGGCGAAGUGCAGGCGGGGCCACCACAGCCCAGCGUCUGGUGGCAGGUCAGCAGAGGCUGCACCAGGGGAGGCUUAGCCUCUCCUGGCCUAUUAUACCCACCGCCCAUGCCCAACGUGCAAUUUCCUGCCACCUAGGAAGCAUGUUUUAACUUGCAGAUACCAAUUUGUUAGUCUCUAAGGUGCCACAAGUACUCCUUUUCUUUUUGCAGAUACAGACUAAUAUGGCUGCUACUCUGAAACCUGUCAACAACAUCCAAACUUCCUCUGCCUAAGGACCUGGGGAUGUGACCUGAAAGGCAGGUGCUGCAGGUGCCUUGCCAUCUAAAUGGAUGCAAGUGGAAGCUCCAUUCCUGAAACCAACCUGGGGAAUUGUUGCCGAUUGACACAAGUCUCUUCCUGCACCCAAAGGCUGAGCAUGCACCAGUUAGUCAAGGAGCAAAGAACUGAGCCUCAAACUUGCAUAUCUGUGUGCAAUAUCUUCUGGAACUUCUUAUCUGCUUUAUAUUUCCUAGACUCGUUCUAUUUCCCUGCCUUUCUUGCUCUUUUCAUCUAGCUCAGACCUCCUCUCUUUCCCUCAAUAAGAGUUUUUUACUUUACAUCACCGAGACUCUCAAACAAACUUUCUCCAUCUUUCCAUGUCACUGACUUUUAAUCUUAUUUCAUAUCUCAACUGAAAUCACAUAUUUUCUCCUUUUCAUAUUUCUUACUCUCUCCUCUGCUAUUAUUUGUCUCUGAUUGUAUCAUUGAACUGUGUCUGGCAUAUGGGGUGUAGGAAUGGCACAAAUAAGGGCCUGAUCCUUCAUGUCUGGCUCACCUAAAGCUGUUAAUGUAGGAGUUUGGAGCGUACAAGAAAUACAAGAUUGGGCCCUAAAGUCCUAUUAUGCUCUCUGAGUUUCUAAAAAUGUCCAUGAAUGGCAUUCCUACUCAUUAAAAUUCCAAAGCAGACAAGCAGCAAAUAUAGCACAGAUAAUUACAGGAUAUCUCUAUCAUAUACCAACACUAAAUGUCUCCUUAUGUGAAAAUCUGGCAUAUAUAGUUGUACAAUUGGAUAUGUAUUAAGUGCUGGUUUUGUCUAAAUAGACAACUAGAUCAAAAGCCAUUAUAGACAUUUAUACAGUAGUUGCUAUUGAAUUUUAAUGAACAUACAUGCAUAGUAACUUUUAUCUGAGGACCUCAAAGAGCUUAAAAAGGUUGGGUAAAUAUUAUCCCUA